UGCAUGCAUGCACAAAGGCACGAAGCAGCACAGCCGAGAAACCACUUGAUGUCCACUUCCUCAGUGAUCUACAUCAGUCCUCUCUGUCUUGUGUGUUAUUUCUCUUUCUAACAGACAGAAAGACUGACGGCUCGAUCUGCUCUGCUCUUAGAGAUGAAGGGUUUUCUGCUGACACUGUCAGUGUUGUUGGCUUUCACAAGAGAAAACAAUGGAAAGCCCAACGUGGUUCGCCUGCCACGGUAUCCCUCAGUGUAUGUUGGGGAUGAUGUUAGCCUGAAAUGUUCUGGCACCAGUGAACCGAUAACAUGGAAAUUUAAUGGCGAAAAACUGCCACAUCACGAUUCCUUGAUGGCUCUUACUAUGGUUACACCAGCAAACAACGGAAAAUACAAUUGUGAAAGCAACGGAGAGGAGAGUGAAGCACACAACCUCGUAGUUCUAGAGUUGGAGCCCUACGCGCAGUUAUCUCUGCCACCAGGGGGCGCUGUUAUCGCCAGAGGCGAGGCGAGGGUCCUGACACUGCAGGUGGACGAGGAACUGGAUAAGUGGAAGUGUUUCUCAUUUAGGGACAAUGCUGGCUUCGUGAUCCAUAUCAUGCCGGACGGGACGAACGUGGGGCGGGUGUAUGCAGAUUUAGAAAAUGCACAAAGAGCUACAUUCUGGUGCAAGGAAGCUAACAGCAGCCAUCGGAGCAAUGUGGUUACCUUGAUGAUGACAGACCGCAUGGUGAUGUUGGAACCAGCCACACCUGUGCUGAAGGAACAGGCCCUCACCCUCAGGUGUGCUGUGUGGGGCGGGGCCAAAGUGGAACAGGCCAAAUUCUACAAGAAUAACACCAUAAUCCAUACUGCAAGGAAUGACAUAUACACCAUCCCAAGUGCCACAGAGAGUCAUAAUGGCCAGUACAAAUGUCACGCCGUCUACAGAUUCAGUCACAUUAGCCGAGAGGCCGCCGAAAAGAAAGACGAGUCCGAUCCGCAACAGAUAAAAGUUAUAGACGGACCUCCGGCUGCUUCACUUGCAACAAAGCACGAGACAGAACUAGAGUGUUCCUGCGCAGCGUGUAAAGCAGACUGCAGUACGUACCAGUGGCAUCACACUGACAUCUCAAAAACACGCAAAAGACUCGAUAAGGCCGACAAAACCAUUCGUAUAAAUGAACAGGGAUCAUACACCUGCCGGGCAAACUGUGGCAAUGGAUUUUCACGAUUCAGCAAUGCUCACAACUACAAAGCAGGAGAGCCGGGUGGAGGAGGAUCAGUGGUGGUUAUUUUGGUAGCAAUGAUCGUUUUUUUGGGCCUGAUUUUCAUUGUGAUGGCAGUAAUAAUCCGACGGCGUCAUAGAAACAGGACCACAGGACGGAUCAAAGACGACGGGAGGAAAGACAAGUCGGGUGGAGACUACGAGCAAAUCGGUCUUGGCAACAAAGCAAUUUAUCACACGCUGGCUGAGGCCUCCGGCCAGGAGAAGGCUGAGGGGGGAUACGAGGCUCUUAAGAAGACAGAUGACGAGAAGGCCGUGUACCACACGCUGGGGGCCGUCGAGGAACCGGGUCAGGCACAGGGUCAGGGUGGGUACGAGGCUCUUCAGAACGUCAAAGCUCAGGUGUACCAAACUCUGAGUUCAGAGUCAGGAAAACCAGAAGGGGAAGCGGAGGGAGGCUACGAGCAGCUGCCUCAGAAAGACGUGACCGUGGAGGAGAAUCCGUACGAAGAACUGAAAGCAGACAAACAGAAGAAAGAGGCGAGCCAGGAGAAAGAGUAACGAUGACAUCACCAAGGUCAACAUGAGAUUUACAUUUACCUAGUUAAGCUUCUGUACACACAUUACGAAAAGAAGCGUUACCCUUCGGAUACAUAGAGAUGCUCGGGAAGGUGAACUUGAAAUUUAGACUCCAAAUGAAGUAGCUCCUCAGAAAUGUGUUGGUGAUAUUUCAGGAUGGCAGUAAAUCCCCCACAAUCCCCUGCAAAAUUACAUUCAGCCCUGACUCCAUUCUGAUACGAAAGACCCACAUUUCUACAUUCUUUGUAACCCUGGUUUAGUCCAAAAUGUGUCACAGUUCAGAAGCAAGAAACAUGCUUAAAUGUAAUUUCAUGUUGAAUUAAAUCCAUCACCUUUAAAAUACAUUCUAUCACGCAAAAAGGUUCAAAAGCUGCCUUAAAUUUGAAGUUCAACCAAAUUAGCUUUACAAUUGAAUUCCAAUUCUAUUAAACUGCAAUCCAGUUACAUUUCGUAUGAUUCAUUCGUUCGAUUAUUCUGGUGAGGUAAAGUAAUAUGACUUAUUGAGCACAUCAUUUUUACAGUUUGGAGUUUCAUUUCAUUAGCAGGUUUUCCUCUAAACCAUCUGUUUCUGCAAACAUAGUGUUUGGCUUAACAAUGGAAGACGAGAGUGCUGUUUACGGUGUUGAGAGUAAAACCUGUUGGUUUGAAAAUCAUUUCAUGAAAUUGACUAAUAAUGUGAAAGCAUGAGAACGUUGAAGUAGAACAAUACACAACACAACCACAGACAUACAGCUACACACACACACACACACGCAUAUUCACAAAGAAGAUUUCCCUCUAUGCUAUAAAAUAAUUCAGACAUGUUCAUUUGUAUGUAAGAGUAAAAACAAAAGAAGAAAGGACAAGUUUUGUGCAAUAAAACUGGGAGUAAUUUCCAGAUAUAGAAAAUGAACGGCUAUUAACGUCAAGCACCCAGACACACAAGAACAGUUAAACACGUUUAGGAAAAUACAUCCACCCAAUUACACAAACAGCAGAACAUAUUUCUUUUAAACGUGCAUGAAGUUAUUUAGCUUUGAAUUUCUGCAUUACGCUAAAAAAUGAUGUUGUGUUCGUCUAGCGACCGCUGGUCAGCGACAGCAUCAGUACAUUUACAAACGGAGGAAACUUUGGUGUGUCUGGAGAGAAGUGUUGUUUGAACAAUGACGAUGCUCAGGGAUAACCUCCGAGCCUCAGUUAUCUUCUUGUAAAUGUAUUUCUCUUUGCACUAUAUUCCUAUUUGCACUAUUUAAUUCAUCAUUUUACUUGAGAGCUUUGAUUUAAAUUCUUGUUGAAUUGUGUAACAAACUUUUUUGUUAAUGUAUCAAUGCUUUUUAAGUAGUUCCAUAAAGCAACUUUCAGUGUAGUUCUGUCCUACCCCAUAAGAUGGAGACAAACUACCAAAUACUGAACAUUUUGUUCAUAAGAAUGCCCUGACGCAAGAGCUCAUUGCGGUAUUAACAGAGUUUGUCUUGAUUUUGUUGUAUUUUCUCCUUGCUUGGUCCUGAACUAACAGUUUGACCAUCAUUUACAGCGUGUGAAACAUAAAAUAAAUGGAUCCU